AUGCGUCGGAAGUGCGAGCGCCUCGUGCGCAGCGCAGCGACUUGGGCAGGCGGCACGCGCGCGAGCACAACAAUGAGAGCGGCUGCGACGGCGACGGCAGCGGGUGUGGGGCGCACGCACGCUGCAGCAGACAGCUCGGGCUGGCACGCACGGUCGCGGCUGGCGGCUGGCUGCUGGUGCGGCGCCUGUGAAGGGACUGAGCGGCGUGUUAGUCAGGCGGCCCGCAGCGGCGGCGGCGGCGGGACCCGGCCCGCGCGCGGCCGCCCCCCGCCCCCCGCUCCCUGCCCCGGCGGCGGCGCGGCCCCGCCUCCCGCCCCUCCACGCCCCGCGCCGGCGCGCCUGGCCCUGCCGGCCGGCCCGUUCCCGGAACGGCCCGCGCGCGGAUAUCAACAGCGCCGCGCCGCUCCACGCUUUGCUGGGACGCCCGCCACCGGACUCUCUCUGGGGGCCGUUCCACAGCAGGCACGCCACUACACUUGCUUGACUGCCCUGUUUCGAGUUUUUAAAACUCCACCGACUCAAAUACCCACUGCUUUUCUUUGCCACCGAUGUCAAUACAUACAACACCUCUUGCAAUCUCAAUCCACGUUAAGUUAG